AUGGGAGGAAACGUCGCCGUGCUCGAUAUCCAGGACAGGCCAGUGCCCGGCUUUGAGCAACUUGCACCACGCUACAAUGCGAAAGCGCAUUAUUUCAAAGCCAAUGUAGUUGACCAAGCCAGCCUCACAGAAGGAUUUAACAAGGCCCUUGCUGCAUUGGGUCACAUUGACGGUUGCAUUCCAGCCCCGGGAGUUGUAAUCGACAAGCCGUUUGUAGACCAGACAUGGGAGGAAUUAACAAGAAUCCAAGAAAUCAAUGUUCGAGGAACAUUCUUCAUAGUUCAGCUUAUCGUGAAACAACUGAUCGAGCAAGGCACCCCAGGCAGCAUUGUCCUGCUCGCGUCUCAGUGCUCGCACAUUGCUCUUCCUGGAUUGAGAAUGGCGGCAGAUAACGCAUCCAAGGGCGCUAUUCUUAUGUUGGCAAAGGCUCUUGGAGUCGAAUUGGCCAAGCAUAACAUUCGAGUUAAUUCGAUAUCACCAGGCUUUGUGGAUUCGGAUAUGAUGCAAGCAGUUCGUGCAACCAACAAUAAGCGUGAAGGCGACCAAGUUAUCCUUGCGCCCCCCCUUAAGCGACUCAGCACGCAGAACGACCUCACUCCGGCCCUCGUUUACCUCUUGAGUGAUGCGUCAAGACAUAUUACGGCUACUGAUUUGCUCAUUACUGGUGGCUUGCACGCCGGAACCAUUGAUGGCGUGAUUUCGCAUGAGAGUUAG